UUCCGUUUGGGCAGUGGCUUUCGGGUAGAAUCAGAGGAAACUCCGUGAAAAGGGAUAGAAGACGAGUGAAAUAAGAAAGAAGAAUAAAAAAAGUGAAGGUUUUGACGUAGUGUAUCGUGAAUUAUAGUUUAGCCUUUCGGUUUCACAUGGGAAUAAGUCCUCAUUAGUGCCAAUUAGAAAACAUUGAUCGGAUAAUUUGUGUUUAGUGUCUUGUGGACCUCAGUGUAUUUACAAUUUUUAUCCCCAGGAAAGGACAGCACAAGGAUAACAUUACAUCGGUUUUACCAUGGGAAACGUACACACUUGCGGUCCAAAUGAGGCUCUUGUUGUAUCAGGAGGAUGCUGUGGCUCUAUGAGGAAACGAACGAUAGUGGGAGGAUAUGCCUUCUGCUGGUGGUUCGUCACAGAUGUCCAGCGUCUCUCUCUCGAGGUGAUGACCCUCAACCCCGUCUGCGAGAGUGUCGAAACAGCUCAGGGUGUUCCCCUGACUGUUACAGGUGUUGCCCAGUGCAAAAUAAUGAAAGCCGAUGAGUUACUGCACACCGCCAGCGAGCAAUUCCUCGGCAAAAGUGUUCAUGAAAUUAAGUCCACUAUUCUGUCAACCCUCGAGGGACAUCUUCGUGCAAUUCUUGGUACACUAUCGGUGGAGGAAGUUUAUAAAGAUCGCGACCAGUUCGCGACUCUCGUCCGAGAAGUAGCAGCUCCAGAUGUCGGUAGAAUGGGCAUUGAAAUCCUCUCGUUCACCAUCAAAGAUGUCUAUGACAAUGUCCAGUACCUUGCGUCCUUAGGAAAGGCUCAGACGGCAGCUGUCAAGAGAGACGCCGACGUGGGAGUAGCUGAAGCCAAUCGUGAUGCCGGGAUUAGGGAAGCCGAGUGUGAAAAAUCAGCGAUGGACAUUAAAUACAACACGGAUACAAAAAUCGAGGAUAACGCGCGCCUGUAUCAGCUGCAAAAAGCUAAUUUCGAUCAAGAAGUCAACACCGCCAAAGCUGAGGCCCAAUUGGCUUAUGAACUUCAGGCCGCCAAGAUCAAACAGAAAAUAAGGAAUGAGGAGAUUCAGAUCCAGGUUGUAGAGAGGCGCAAGCAGAUUGAAGUUGAAGAGCAGGAAGUACGUAGAAAGGAGCACGAGUUGAGGAGUACUGUGCGUUUACCUGCUGAGGCUGAGUACUACAAAAUGGGGAGAAUUGCGGAGGGAAAGAGAACGCAAACUGUAGAGAAUGCCAAAGCAGAAGCCGAGAAAAUUCGAUUACUAGGUGAGGCUGAGGCCCAGAGUCUUGAAGUUGUUGGAGUGGCGGAGGCCGAGAGAAUGCGCCUCAAAGCCGGAGUUUACAAAAAAUAUAAUGAUGCUGCAAUACUUAAUAUUGUUCUCAACGCGAUGCCGAAGAUCGCUGCCGAAGUUGCUGCACCACUUGCCAGGACAGAUGAGAUUGUUCUCCUCGGUGGUAACGAUGGAACCAGUGGUGAACUGACACGCCUCGUUGGACAGGUUCCACCUGCCGUUCAAGCACUCACUGGUGUUGAUCUUUCCAAAGUUUUAGCUAAAAUACCUGGAGCCAAGUAAUUCGUAAUAUGAUUCAUCAACGAGCGUUAACGAUCCAUCCAAUGAAUUCUACCCCACGUAUCCCCAGAGUGCGCACUGCAGCUGUGAAGAGAGGAUAUGUUUGAUUAUUACUGCCACCGAUUAUUCUCGCAACUCUGAUUCCACGUAAACAAAAAUGGAAUAUUCCACUCUUUCCUCUCUCUCUCGAAUUUUUCUACCUCAAUAUUCCUGGUAAAUACUUUGGAAAGGCGAGCUUUAAAUCUGAACAAUUACUUGCAUCGAGUUUAAUUCCAUCGGGCGAGAUAAUUAUCUGGAAGGGACCGUGCACAUAUUCACCACGAUGGUCCAGUCUCAAGGACACUUGACAUUCCGUUCGUUAGCACAAUCAAAAAUUAAUGUAUGGCCAGUCCAGGUGCGAAUUUAUCAACGAAAAAAUUAUUUUUACACUUUUUUAUUAUUUCGGUGGAAAAUAUUACGAGUUCUUUCCUGGGAAAUUCCUGAUUUAAUCAAUAUCAAUCUCAUUUAACAAAUUGAUGAAGUAAUCAAUUUUUUCUCCGACGACGAUUAUUUCUUUUAUUUAUCAGGAGAAUCCACUAAAAAAUUAUUUCUAUCCUCUCGUCAGUUCACAACUGAAUGAAAAUCCAUUUCCAUUUUAUUAACUCCAUGAAAUGAAAACGCGCAAUAACUCAAUUAUUUUCUCUCCCAAAACCACAAUCAUAGAAUAAAAAAAAAAAUCAGAGUUACAUCAAAAAUGAAAAUGAAAAGAGAAAAAAAUCAAUUGUGAUCCAGUAUGUCUUUUCGACCAUUGUGUUCAACAUGUGUAGGUAAUCUUAACGAUAAAAAUAACGCGAUUCUCCAGCACGAUCAUCUGGUUGACAAAGAAAUGAGAAAAAAAACAGCUGAGAAGAUACAGCAUGUACAUAAAUAGCUGGAGUCAAAAUGUACAUACACUUAGAUGACCCUGUAACUUCAAUCGUAAAUUGAUACCGCAUUUCUCUCAACACUCCACUGUAGCACCAGUGCGUCGGAUAUAUUUUUGGUGUAGAGAAAAAAAUCUGAAGAAAAAUGUAUGAAUAAGAAUUACAAAACGACGCAUCUGAGUACAAAGAUAAUCGUUGACUAAUUCAAUUUAUUAAUAAUUUUUAAUCUGAAAUUAAUUCGAAGCUAUCCAUCGUCUUCCUCUUGAGAUCUCAUGCCACUGGAACAAAAGUCGACUUUAAUCGUAUACUAAAAACCCAAAUCACCGAAAUUCCCCUCUAAAUUUCAGCAACGAAAUCGUAAACAACGAUUUUACCGUUUCGUUACUGAUUUUAUCUUGACUAAAUGAAUAUGUAAUGGAGAAAGAAUGGAAACCAUCAUGGGAAUUACUCGUCAGGUGAUCGUUUACUCUCGCGACAUGAUUGCAAUUAUAAUUAACUAAGUUGUAAUCCAGGAAAUAGUUACCCCUUGAUUCAGAAAAAUCAAGAAGGAUAUUUACGAGUAAUAAUUUUGGUAGUAAAAAAAUGUGUUCGAAUUUCACUCUUUCGAAAGCUUUUAGCAAAUUAUGUGUGUUUGUGCAAAAUAACUACUUGUCAAUAUUUUCUAUUGUCUACCAAAAACAAAUACUAAAGCCUAUUCGAAUUAAUUAACGGAUAAAUUUAAGUUUUGAGUGGAGCACGUGUGCAAAAAAAAAGUUACAACUCUUUUUUAAUGCUUCGAUGAAUGAGAUUUAUAAAAUUAUUUAAUAUUAUAGUUAAGUUGCUCUUGGAACCCCAGAAAAAAUGAAAAUCACUCGAGGAUGUUUUUGAAAAAAAAAAUUGUAUGGUAGGGAAGAAAGAGAAUUGUAUUACUUACGAGUACAAAUUAUGUUUGACGAGAAUAUAAAUAAAGAUUCAACAUCUUUACUUUAA